AUGAAAACGUCACCUAGAUACCUCACUGGCAAUAGCCAGGAAAUCAAGGACUUUAUCGACCAGUUCGAUGUCUUCCUGUUUGAUUGUGAUGGCGUUCUAUGGUCUGGCGAUAUUGUAUUUGAGGGAACCGUUGCAACAUUAGAGAUGUUGCGGAAGAAGGGAAAACAGAUAGUAUUUGUGACAAAUAAUAGUACCAAAUCUCGACUGGAUUACCAGAAGAAGCUGGAGAAAUUGGGGAUUCCCGCUGCUCAUCCAGUUAAGGAAGAAGUUUUUUCCUCCUCAUACAGCGCAUCGGUAUACAUUGCGCGAAUUCUUAACCUGCCGCCAAAUAAGCGCAAAGUAUUUUUAGUGGGUGAAACAGGCGCUGAGCAGGAAUUACAAGCCGAGAAUAUCCCCUUCAUUGGUGGUACAGAUCCAUCUUAUCGUCGUAAUGUCACCUCAGACGACUAUCAUAAAAUCGCUUCGGGUGAUUCCUCCCUUCUCGACCCUGAGGUCGGCGUAGUUCUUGUCGGGCUGGACUUCCACAUCAACUAUCUCAAAAUCUCGCUUGCAUACCACUAUAUCCGCCGUGGUGCUAUUUUCCUUGCUACUAACAUCGACAGCACCCUGCCCAGUGCAGGGACGCUUUUUCCUGGCGCGGGCACAAUCAGCGCUCCCCUGAUUCGUAUGUUGGGCGGCACAGAGCCCAUAUCCCUAGGUAAACCCAGUCCUGAGAUGAUGGAAGCAAUUGAGGGAAAAUUCAAGUUUGACCGUCGCCGAGCAUGCAUGGUUGGCGAUAGGCUGGAUACUGAUAUCAGAUUCGGCAUUGAAGGGGGGCUAGGGGGAACAUUGGGUGUUCUCUCUGGUGUAAGCUCAAAAGCAGACUUUGAAACGGCGGCACUGCCACCGUCAGUGUAUGUUGAUACCUUGGGUGACCUCCUGGACGGCGUAUGA